UAUCAAAGAGGAAAUAACCUCCUUGGCAUGCUUGCAGCUAUACAACAUAUUUGUUUCACUGCUUUCAACCGCCUGUGCUGGAGGCUCAGAAUAAGUCAAUGGGAGGAGGAUUUCAGUCACAGCAGCAAGCAAGUCUAGUGAACACAUAAGAUGACAUGCUCGGCACAGUAACAACGAAACCAGAGGGGGAACUCUCUGGCAUGCAAGUUCAAACACGACUCUACAACUAUGGUAGAAAAAGAGAGAGAAACUAAAUAUACAUAUAUAUAUAUAUAUAUAUAUAUAUAUAUAUCCUAUUUUUUUUCACAGCUAUCAGUUUCUUUUCACUGAGCUCUUCUAAAUUUAAGCCUCUAGAAAAUAAUAAAUAUUUAGAGAUCUUACCUACAAACAUGGACAGAUGUGUGUAUAAGCUCAUUUUAGAGAACUUGAAUUUUUUUUUUUUUUUAAAGGAAUGUGUCAACUUUGGCUUUCGAGUGUUUGACAUGGGUACAAUGCCUUAAAAAAACAGAUGACCAGUUUAGCUACUAACCAUGCUGAGCACUGUUCGGAACGGGAUUGAAUCACAGAAAAACAGCAAAUGGCUCUCUCUUACAGAGUGUCUGAACUUCAAAGCACAAUGCCUGAGCACAUUUUGCAGAGCACCUUUGUUCACGUUAUCUCUUCUAACUGGUCUGGAUUACAGACAGAAUCAAUACCAGAGGAAAUGAAACAGAUUGUUGAGGAACAGGGAAAUAAACUGCACUGGGCAGCUCUUCUGAUACUCAUGGUGAUAAUACCCACAAUUGGUGGAAAUACCCUUGUUAUUCUGGCUGUUUCACUGGAGAAAAAGCUGCAGUAUGCUACUAAUUACUUUCUAAUGUCCUUGGCGGUGGCUGAUUUGCUGGUUGGAUUGUUUGUGAUGCCAAUUGCCCUCUUGACAAUAAUGUUUGAGGCUAUGUGGCCCCUCCCACUUGUUCUAUGUCCUGCCUGGUUAUUUCUUGACGUUCUCUUUUCAACCGCAUCCAUCAUGCAUCUCUGUGCCAUUUCAGUGGAUCGUUACAUAGCCAUCAAAAAGCCAAUCCAGGCCAAUCAAUAUAACUCACGGGCUACAGCAUUCAUCAAGAUUACAGUGGUGUGGUUAAUUUCAAUAGGCAUUGCCAUUCCAGUCCCUAUUAAAGGGAUACAGACUGAUGUGGACAACCCAAACAAUAUCACUUGUGUGCUGACAAAGGAACGUUUUGGCAAUUUCAUGCUCUUUGGCUCACUGGCUGCCUUCUUUACACCUCUUGCAAUUAUGAUUGUCACCUACUUUCUCACUAUCCAUGCUUUACAGAAGAAGGCUUACUUGGUCAAAAACAAGCCACCUCAACGCCUAACAUGGUUGACCGUGUCUACAGUUUUCCAAAGGGAUGAAACACCUUGUUCGUCACCAGAAAAGGUGGCAAUGCUGGAUGGUUCUCGAAAGGACAAGGCUCUGUGCAACUCAAGUGAUGAAAGACUUAUGCGAAGAACAUCCACAAUUGGAAAAAAGUCAGUGCAGACCAUUUCCAAUGAACAGAGAGCCUCAAAGGUCCUAGGGAUUGUGUUUUUCCUCUUUUUGCUUAUGUGGUGUCCCUUCUUUAUUACAAACAUAACUUUAGUUUUAUGUGAUUCCUGUAACCAAACUACUCUCCAAAUGCUCCUGGAGAUAUUUGUGUGGAUAGGCUAUGUUUCCUCAGGAGUGAAUCCUUUGGUUUACACCCUCUUCAAUAAGACAUUUCGGGAUGCAUUUGGCCGAUAUAUAACCUGCAAUUACCGGGCCACAAAGUCAGUAAAAACUCUCAGAAAAUGCUCCAGUAAGAUCUACUUCCGGAAUCCAACGGCAGAGAACUCUAAGUUUUUCAAGAAACAUGGAAUUCGAAAUGGGAUUAAUCCUGUCAUGUACCAGAGUCCAAUGAGGCUCCGAAGUUCAACUAUUCAGUCUUCAUCAAUCAUUCUACUAGAUACACUUCUCCUCACUGAAAAUGAAGGUGACAAAACUGAAGAGCAAAUUAGUUACGUGUAGCAGAACUGGCAGUUGUCAUCAAACAUAAUGAUGAGUAAGACGAUGAAUGAGAUGUAAAUGUGCCAAGAAUAUAUUAUAUAAAGAAUUUUAUGUCAUAUAUCAAAUCAUCUCUUUAACCUAAGAGUUAAGUAUUAAGAAUAUCCAAUUUUCCUAAUUUGGACAAGAUUAUUCCAUGAGGAAAACAAUUUUGUAUAGCUACAAAUGAAAACAAUCUGGCACUCUGGUUAAAUGUUAAGGUAUUCAAAUGAAAUAAAGUCAAAUCAAUAAAUUUCAGGC